UUAGGCAGCCGGGAGCGUGAGGGACGCUCAGUAGCAGAGCCUGGCGCGCUGCAGGCCGGCCGGCAGUGCCGAGGCUACGCGGCGGGGCCUUCGCCAUGCCGGGAAUGGUGCUGUUCGGCCGGCGCUGGGCCAUCGCCAGCGACGACUUGGUCUUCCCCGGGUUGUUCGAGCUGUUCCUGCGUGUGCUGUGGUGGAUUGGCAUCGUGACCUUGUAUGUCAGGCACAGGGGGAGGCUGGACUGUGCCGGAGGGGUCCUGCUCAGCAGCUACUUGAUCGUCCUCAUCGUUCUCCUGGCGGUUAUCAUUUGCACCGUGUCGGCCAUCGUGGGUGUCAGCAUGAGAGGGACCAUCUGCAACCCUGGGCCCCGGAAGUCCAUGUCCAGGCUGCUGUACAUCCGCCUGGCGCUCUUCCUGCCCGAGAUGGCCUGGGCUUCUCUGGGCGCCGCCUGGAUAGCGGACAGCGUGCAGUGCGACAAGAUCGUUGUGAACGGCAUCAUCGCCACCGUCGUCGUCAGCUGGAUUAUCAUCGUGUCCACUGCGGUCACCAUUAUCAUUGUCUUUGACCCCCUGGGGGGGAAAAUGGCUCCGCACUUCGCUGCUGGCCCCAGCCUCCUGGACAGUCACGAGUCGAGCCAGUUCCUGACUGGCCUCAGGACGGCCGCCACGAGCGUGUGGGAAACGCGGAUCAAGCUCCUGUGCUGCUGCGUUGGGAAGGACGACCGCACCCGCGUUGCCUUCUCCAGCACAGCGGAGCUUUUAUCCACCUGCUUCUCAGACACAGACCUGGUGCCCAGUGACAUUGCGGCAGGCCUCAGCCUUCUCCACCAGCAGCAGGACAGUAUCAGGAACAACCAGGAGCCUAAGGAAGUGAUCAGCCAUUCCCCAGGCUCCUCCCAGGAAGCCGAUCUGUACGCAGAGUUAGAGCACUGCCGGCAUUACAUGCAGUUCGCAGCGGCCGCCUACGGGUGGCCCCUCUACGUCUACAGGAACCCGUUCACCGGGCUCUGCAGGAUCGGCGGCGACUGUUGCAGAAGCCGGACUACAGAAUACGACGUGGUUGGAGGUGAUCAGCUGCACUGCCAUUUUGGCUCCAUCCUGCACACGACGGGGCUGCAGUACCGGGAUUUCAUUCACAUAAGCUUCCAUGACCAGGUCUACGAGCUUCCCUUCAUAGUGGCCCUGGAUCACAGGAAGGAGUCUGUGGUGGUCGCUGUGAGAGGAACCAUGUCUCUGCAGGACAUCCUGACGGACCUGUCAGCAGAGAGCGAGACCCUGGACCUGGAGUGUGAUGUGCAAGACCGUUUGGCCCAUAAGGGGAUCUCCCAAGCUGCCAGGUACGUGUACCGUCGACUGGUCAGCGACGGGAUUUUGAGCCAGGCCUUCAGCGUUGCUCCCGAGUACCGGCUGGUGGUCGUGGGGCACAGCCUGGGGGCGGGCGCCGCGGCCCUGCUGGCCUUCAUGCUCAGAAGCUCCUACCCGCACGUCAGGUGCUACGCCUUCUCCCCGCCCCACGGGCUACUCAGCAAAUCUCUUCAUGAGUACUCAAAGGACUUCACCGUGUCACUCGUCCUGGGCAAGGACGUGAUUCCCAGGUUAAGCGUGACCAACCUAGAAGAUCUGAAGAGGAGGAUCUUGCGCGUGAUCGCGCACUGCAACAAGCCCAAGUACAAGAUCCUGCUGCACGGGUGCUGGUAUGAGCUGUUCGGAGGGAGCCCGGACAGCCUUCCGACCGAGCUGGACGGCGGCGACCGUGCAGACCUGACACAGCCUCUCCUCGGGGAGCAGAGCCUGCUGACCCAUGGCUCCCCGCUGCCGUCCCCCACCAAGUACCCGCCCCUCUACCCUCCAGGCCGCAUCAUCCACCUGGAGGAGGAAGGCACUUCCAGGAGGUUUUCCUGCUAUACUUCUCAGUAUACUGCCAGGUGGGCGCACGAAUCAGAAUUCAGCAAGAUCCUCAUUGGCCCAAAGAUGCUGACGGACCACAUGCCGGACAUCCUGAUGCGAGCCUUGGACAGUGUGGUGUCUGACAGCAGUGUCUGCGAUUCCUGUCCUGCCCCAGGGGGCUUCAACGCUGAUGACAGACUUCCACCGUUGUGACUCGACGCCUGAGCGAAGCCCAUGACGCCAGGACAGCGGUAGGAACUGGACAGGCACUGGGCUUGGUGGUCUGAAUGGUGGGCUGCUCUGGGAACCAGCUGUGACCCCAGCAUCUGAGCACCAGGAGUCAGGAGGGCACCGAGGUGGGGGGGCUCCCGAAACUGAAUGUGGGUGAAGCCCCACAGAAGCCCCUCUCCCCGGUGGCCUGCGGAUUCCUGGGCUUCUGAGAACUGCCUGGGGAAGGGCGGGACUGCAGCAGCUGGGUUUAAGGCCCCCUUUCCCUGGCGGCCCCCGGUCAGCUGAGGCCGCACUGGGCACACAGGUGUGCGGCUCAUGCAGCACACGGACCUUCCCGGCUGCACAGACAGCCCUGAGCUGUGACCGGGAACCCAGACGAAACCAGGGAAGUGCGUGGGGAAGCUCCCGCCCCUCGGGCUACAGCCUGGUCCUUGUUUACACACACAAUCCAGUGUCUCAUCAACACCCGCUGGUGGGAACACUCUUGGGGCUGGCCAGUGGAAUUAGAGGGCGUCAAGAAAUAAAGCACAUACACAUGUC